CUAAAAACUAUCAUAGACCAGUAAAAAUGAUUUAUUUUUAUUUUUAUAUACUGCAGAUUUAUGAAUUCAAUCAAAAAUAUGUGUGGAAAGAAUUAUACAAAAGUCUCAGAAUUUGUUCUUCUAGGAUUUGGAAACCUUCACAAAUUAAAUGUUGUAUUGUUUAUAGCCUUCCUAAUCAUCUUUAUAUUCACUAUCACAGGAAAUCUUCUGAUUAUUGUAUUAGUAUCCAUCACCCCAGCCCUUCAGACACCCAUGUAUUAUCUCCUAAGUCAUCUCUCAUUUUCAGACCUGUUGAUGUCAACCAACAUUCUUCCAAACAUGCUUGGCAGUCUUCUUCUUGGGGAGAAAAGAAUUACUUACUGUGGCUGCAUCACGCAGCUUUAUUUUUUCUGUGCUACAACCAUUACAGAAUGUCUCCUCCUCGCAGUCAUGUCCUAUGAUCGGUACUUGGCCAUUUGUAACCCUUUGAGAUAUCACAGUAUCAUGAACAUGAUGUUUUGUGUCAAUCUUUCGGCUUGGCCAUGGCUGUUGGGUUUUACAUUGAAUCUAAUAGGCGUUUUGACUCUGUCAAAUUUUGACUUUUGUGCUGAUAAUGUCAUUGACCAUUUCUACUGUGACCUCUCCCCUCUUCAGAAGCUCUCUUGUUCAGACACCUCUUUGGUUGAACUUGAGGCUUUUGUCUAUUCCAUACCUACAUUUAUUUUUCCAUGUGGUUUUAUCAUGGUGACGUACAUCUGCAUCUUCCAUACUAUUCUCAGCAUACUGUCAACAACAGGCAAACAGAAAGCAUUUUCAACCUGCAGUUCUCAUCUUCUGGUGGUGGGGACAUUUUACGGGACACUCAUAGCUAAAUACAUGAUACCCUCUAAAGGACACUCUUUGCUUAUGAAUAAGAUUGUAUCUUUACUUCACACCGUGUUUACUCCUUUAUUUAACCCUAUUAUAUAUAGUCUGAAGAACCAAGAUAUCAGGACAGCACUUCAAAAACUCUCUUAAGCCUGAUACACACAAUCAGAAAAUCGGAUGAAAAACACAGCUUUUGAAGCAAUCAGAUGAUAAUCUGAUCAUUAGUAUACAACUUUCGAGAGUCGAAAAACGACAGUUCAUCCAAAAUUAUCCAAUGGGACAAACGUUUCUCAUAUGAUACCAAAUUGUACUAUUUUUGUUUA